CGAUCAAUUUACCCAAUCAGCCGCUAACGUGUGGCCUAAGGUUUAUUACGCUGCAAGUUUCUUUUCACUCCUUAAAGAGCCAGUACAGAGCAAAAUGUAUGGAAAGUACAUCGCCUUGUUGAUUUCACUGAUAGGGACAACUCUCUCCAUUUACCCAUACUUUGAUACUCAAGACUUCAUAUAUAAUGUCCCCAAAGUGUACAGGAUUUCCCUCACGCUGGACAAAUUGUUGGAUUAUUACGAGAAGAAGCCCUCGAAAGAUCCAGAAUGGUACAUCGCUCUUGGAAUGGCUAGGGGUCAACUGGAGUAUACAAUAAAUGAAUUGGACAAAUCGGUACCAGCAAAGUUGAAGGAGAAUUUACAGAACCUCACGAGGAGAAUGGAUCGGAUUCAAAAUGGCACAAAUUUCGCAACUCUAGUUUAUCGCAGUAAAGAUUAUGAAUAUGUUGCCAAAGCGAUUUUUGAGAAUUUGGAAGUUUUUUCAUCGCUGCUAGAGCCGCUGACGAUCGGUACGAUGGGCACACAGAAGCCUUUUCGGUUCAAGUUUGAACAAUACGUCCAAGAGGCGAGAACAAAGAUGCCAACUCGAAAAGCAGCUGAUGCAUGCAUGAUGCAGCUGCUUAUAUCAGCUAUGGAGACCCAGACAACACAAACCGAUGGAAGUUGCGAGAUGACGCCAGAAUGCCAAGCACAACUGAUGCAGGGAUCUGGACUGGCUUUCCAACAAACUAGCCGCGUCCGUGCAAUGAUUCUUGCACGCCUCUUUGACUGCAUGGAGGGCGUAGAUAUUUCCGCUAAUAUUUAUAAGCUUUGUAUACAGGUUUACAAAGAAACGAAGUCGUUAGAGGCCUGGGAUCAUCCAGCUGGUACUAGAACACUAUUUAUGCAACAGAUACUCUUUUGCGCUUCGCAAGGCUAUGGAGAGUUUAUAAAGCCACGGUGGAUGAACAAAAUCAUGGCAUGGCAAGAACCCAAAGGUUGUUAUUCGGAUACCCGACAACCAUUUCUAAGGCUUACUGGAUUUGUUGGACCUGCCUCAUCCGCGCCGCCUAAAGAAAGAGAGGAAGAGUACCGAGUGAAAAAGGCUGCGGCAUCUGAUGGCGGUUCCUGCAACUCGUUAACGUCAGCUAUGGCUCUGGGUUCUCUGGUGCUAUAUGUUCGUGCGCUGUUAGAAACUGAUCAAGCAUUCCAGUAUGACGUUCUUAUGUGAUAAGGGCUACCUAUUUAUUAAAAUAUUGUGUAAUCUGAA